CGCUCCUUCCUACACGCGUUGCUUCGCUCGGGGCAGGGGCUGCUGCGCGGCUCCCCCCGCGCGGCGCCGCGGCCGCCCUGCCGGCGCGCUGCGCAUCACCGGCGCUCUGCCGGCUGGGGCGCCCCGCCGCCCCGCGCCCCGCCGCCCCGCGCCCCGCCGCCGCCGCCGCCGCCGCUCCCCGCCGCCGCCGCUCCCCGCCGCCGCCGCCGCCGCGCUGCAGGACUGGCUAUGGCCACCACUACUUCCGGGUUCCGUCACUUCAUUCUCCCGCCGAUCAGCGCUGCAAAACUGAGCCUCUUCUAUAAGGCAGCCAGCAGCCAACCUGCCAACACUUACUGACACUCACUCAUCUCAGAGAGCGAGGGAGAGAGGGAGACAAAAUACCUACCGGGAGGAGGAAAAAAAAAAAAAAAAAAAAAAAAAAGGAGAGAGGGGGAAGUCCGGGCUUUGCAAACUAUUCAAUUUUUCUUCGCAUCUUUCCCCACCCCCCUUCACAGUACUUAAAAAAAAAAAAAACCAAAACCAAAACAACCCUAUAGCGAUCCUAAAAGGCAAAACCCGAGCGCGGAGUUACUGGAAGAAGAAACCGGGGUUAAAAAGAUUCCUCCUCUCUUCUUCAUCAUCAUCAACCAUCAUUCAUUCACUACCUUGACAUUCCCUGGCUUUGAUUGACAGCUGGAGUGGCAAAAAGCCAUGAGACACGACAGUUUGGUUACAUGUGGGUUGCUGACGGGCCGAUCGUAACCUUCAGUUUGGGGGCUUGACAAUUUUUUUUAUUUUUUUUUUUUUUUCGUAGAGAAAGAAAAAAGGAAAAAGAGAGAGAGAAAAAAGGAAAGAGAGAGAGAAAAAAGAAGAAAACACAGAAACUCAUCGUGGUUCUUGACUGUUUUUUAUAUAUUAUUGUUGUUGUUAUUGUUGUUGUUAUUAUUAUUUACCCAUAUUGGAGGAUAGGAGAAGUCUAUAAGUGGGUUGCAAAAAAAAAAAAAAAAAAGGAAUCUUCUUCACUCUAAAUCACUUUCUUUGCUGGACUGGGAUAUUAAAUAUACGACACAUCCAGGAGUUUAUUGGAGCGCAGACUGAUGGCGCAAAGGUACGAUGAGCUGCCCCACUACGGCGGGAUGGACGGAGUAGGGGUGCCGGCGUCCAUGUACGGGGACCCCCACGCCCCCCGGCCGAUCCCCCCGGUGCACCACCUCAACCAUGGGCCGCCGCUCCACGCCGGACAGCACUACGGCGCCCACGCCCCGCACCCCAAUGUCAUGCCGGCCAGCAUGGGCUCCGCUGUCAACGACGCCCUGAAGCGGGACAAGGAUGCGAUCUACGGGCACCCGUUGUUCCCCCUCUUAGCUCUGGUCUUUGAGAAGUGCGAGCUGGCGACCUGCACGCCCCGGGAGCCCGGCGUGGCCGGCGGGGACGUCUGCUCCUCCGACUCCUUCAACGAGGACAUCGCCGUCUUCGCCAAACAGGUCCGCGCUGAAAAACCACUUUUUUCUUCAAAUCCAGAGUUGGACAAUUUGAUGAUCCAAGCAAUACAAGUACUAAGGUUUCACCUUUUGGAAUUAGAAAAGGUUCAUGAAUUGUGCGAUAACUUCUGCCAUCGGUACAUUAGUUGUUUGAAAGGAAAAAUGCCAAUAGACCUCGUUAUUGAUGAAAGGGAUGGCAGCUCCAAAUCAGACCACGAAGAACUCUCAGGAUCUUCCACAAAUUUAGCCGAUCAUAAUCCUUCAUCUUGGAGAGACCACGAUGAUGCAACCUCAACGCACUCGGCAGGCACACCGGGGCCCUCCAGUGGGGGCCAUGCUUCCCAGAGCGGAGACAACAGCAGCGAGCAAGGAGAUGGUUUAGACAACAGUGUAGCCUCACCUGGUACAGGGGAUGACGAUGACCCAGACAAGGACAAAAAGCGUCAGAAGAAAAGAGGCAUUUUCCCCAAAGUAGCAACAAAUAUCAUGAGAGCGUGGCUUUUCCAGCAUCUCACACAUCCAUAUCCUUCAGAGGAGCAGAAGAAACAGUUAGCCCAAGACACAGGACUUACAAUUCUACAAGUAAACAACUGGUUUAUUAAUGCCAGAAGAAGAAUAGUACAGCCUAUGAUUGACCAGUCAAAUCGAGCAGGCAAGUUCCAAGUAGUAUCUGUAUUCAAGUCCCACAGGCGCAAAUCCUCAUCAAGUUAUUCUUCAGGAGUCCCAUCACCUGGUUUUCUUCUUGAUCCUUCAGUGAGCCAAGGAGCAGCGUAUAGUCCAGAGGGUCAGCCGAUGGGAAGCUUUGUAUUGGAUGGUCAGCAGCACAUGGGAAUCCGGCCUGCAGGUUUGCAAGGCAUGCCAGGGGACUACGUAUCUCAGGGUGGUCCUAUGGGUAUGAGUAUGGCACAGCCAAGUUACACUCCUCCCCAGAUGACCCCACACCCUACUCAAUUAAGACAUGGACCCCCAAUCCAUUCAUAUUUGCCAAGUCACCCCCAUCACCCAGCCAUGAUGAUGCACGGAGGACCCCCUACCCACCCUGGAAUGACCAUGUCAGCACAGAGCCCCACAAUGUUAAAUUCUGUAGACCCCAAUGUUGGUGGACAGGUUAUGGACAUUCAUGCCCAAUAGUAUAAGGGAACUCAAGGGAAAAACAAACAAAAAAAAAUACAAAACAAAAACAAAAACUAUUUUAAGACUUUUGAACUUUGACCAGAUGUUGACACUUAAUACGAAAUUCCAGACAGCUGUGAUUAUUUUUUACUUUUUGUCAUUUUUCAUCAACAACAGAGGACCAACGAAACAAGAACACAAAUGUGAAAUCAUGGGCUCACUGAAAUGAAUAUGUCCAUGUACAGAUCCUCUGGAAAAAAAAAAAGACUCCAAGAGUUAUAACUACUGUAGUAUAAACAUAGGAACUAAGUUAACUUGUACAUUUCUGUUGAUCACUCCGUUACGUUGCCUCAAAUAGUUUUAGAAGAAAAAAAAUCCUUGUUUUCCACACUAUGUGUGUUGUUCCCAAAAGAAUGACUGUUUUGGUUCAGCAGUGAAGUCACUAUCCAUGAAAGACCUGUUUUGGCCAGUGAGAAAAGAACUACCCUGGAGAUGAAGACGAAAAGUCUUGCUGGGUCUCUCAUCACUCAGAAGACUGUUCCAAGAAGGCCUUGCCAUUCCCUCGUUUUGUUCCUUCAUAAAAUGUGUCCUUUAGUUUCAAACAGAUCUUUAUAGUUUGUGCUUCAUUAAGUCUCUCCCCAUUCCUCCCCAAUCUAUUUUUUUUUUUUUUGGGGACUCUUCUUCAAAGAGCUUGCAGGUGAAGAUUUAAAAGACAGAACAGACAGAGCAGGAGCUUCUUCCAGUAGUUCUGAGCCUUGGCUUUGGACAAAACAAAACUAAAAGUUGGGCAGCUUUCCUCAAUGAAAGAAGUUACUAACGGUCUUUGCACCAAACCUAGGACUUUAUCAUGAACUCAAAGCUUGGGAAAAAAAAGCAAGAGAAUACUGUAACAAACUUCGUACAGAGUUCGGUCUAUUAAUUGUUUCAUGUUAGAUAUUCUAUGUGUUUACCUCAAUUGAAAAAAAAAAAGAAUGUUUUUGCUAGUAUCAGAUCUGCUGUGGAAUUGGUAUUGUAUGUCCAUGAAUUCUUCCUUUCUCAGCACGUGUUCCUCACUAGAAGAAAAUGCUGUUACCUUUAAGCUUUGUCAAAAUUUACAUUAAAAUACUUGUAUGAG